UCAACCCCGUGGCUUUAUGAAAGCCGAUACAGGGGCAGUAUCCUCACGUCCAGGAGGUGUUCCAGAAAGCUUCCGAGGUAUUAUAUAUAGUCAAGGAGCAGGAGCUGGUUCUGGAGGAGUCAGACUUACCUCAUCGGGCUUUUUGUGAUUGAGCUGCUUCCCGACUGGUCGUCUCCAGCUCCUAAGCCAGCGACAACAACACAAGCCACGGGGACGAGCCAGCGGACGUAACGCUAGCCAAGAGGGGAAGUGGGCUCCGUCUUCUUUUUCAUCGGGCAGAUGCUCCCAGCCGCCCAGCUUGACAGGAGUGAUGGGAUGUGUCAACUAGGAGAGGAACUCCUUGAUGAUGAUGAUAUUGGACUGAGGGAUCCAUCUGCAGUGUUCACACCAGAGCAGAGAGGCACAGGAGGGACCGAGGCAGAGGAGGAGGAAGAAGACAUCGACGAAGAAAAGAUGGGAGUGGGGAAGAACACCACCGCCAAAUCGAUGGACAGCAGCAGCGAAGGCGGAAAAUAUGAAGAGGAAGCCAAACAUGGAGCCGAUUUUUAUCCUAUUCCGGUUGUGGUAAACGGAGUUGGCGGAGCCACUGGAGAUCAGGACACGGAGAACACAGAGCUGAUGGCAAUCUACACCAAGGAUAAUCAAGCAGCAGAGAAGAGCUCGAUUUCAGAGACACUCGACAGCACAGACAGCAUGGAUGCAAGGAGGAUGGACAUGAUUUAUACCAUUGAAGACACCCCACCCUGGUACCUGUGUGUGUUCUUAGGCUUACAGCACUACCUGACAUGUUUCAGCGGGACCAUCGCCGUCCCGUUCCUUCUCGCAGAGGCCAUGUGCGUCGGCUUUGAUCAGUGGGCCACCAGUCAGCUCAUCGGGACCAUCUUUUUCUGCGUCGGCAUCACCACCCUGCUGCAAACGACACUGGGCUGCAGGUUGCCUUUGUUCCAGGCGAGUGCGUUUGCUUUUCUUGCACCAGCCAGAGCCAUCCUGUCUUUGGAGAAAUGGAAAUGUAACAGCACAGAGCGUCCGUUCCUGAACGGGACAGAGCUUCUCCACACCGAGGACAUCUGGCACCCCAGGAUACGCGAGAUCCAGGGUGCGAUCAUCGUGUCAUCCCUGAUCGAAGUCUGCAUCGGAGCUCUGGGUUUGCCCGGGAUGCUGCUGAAGUACAUCGGGCCCCUGACCAUCACGCCCACCGUGGCCCUCAUCGGGCUCUCAGGCUUCCAGGCUGCAGGCGAGAGGGCUGGAAAACACUGGGGCAUCGCCAUCCUGACUAUAUUUUUGGUGCUGCUCUUCUCUCAAUACGCUCGAAACGUUCACUUCCCCCUGCCAAUCUACAAAGCCAAGAAAGGCUGGACGUCCUACAGGCUGCAGGUUUUCAAAAUGUUCCCGAUCAUUAUGGCUAUUUUGGUGUCAUGGCUGCUGUGCUUCAUUUUUACGGUGACUGAUGUUUUCCCGCCGGAGGAGAACAAGUAUGGUUUCUACGCCCGCACUGACGCACGUCAGGGAAUCCUGAAAGCUGCGCCGUGGUUCAAGAUCCCCUAUCCCUUCCAGUGGGGGACUCCCACCGUCACGGCUGCAGGUGUGAUCGGCAUGAUGAGCGCCGUGGUGGCCAGCAUCAUCGAGUCGAUCGGCGACUACUACGCCUGCGCUCGCCUCUCCUGCGCUCCUCCACCUCCGAUCCACGCCAUCAAUCGGGGAAUAUUUGUAGAGGGCAUUUCCUGUGUGCUGGACGGCGUUUUUGGGACAGGAAACGGAUCCACCUCCUCCAGUCCAAAUAUCGGUGUCCUGGGAAUUACAAAGGUGGGCAGCAGACGUGUGAUCCAGUACGGCGCCGCCAUGAUGCUGCUGCUGGGGCUUGUGGGUAAAUUCAGUGCCCUGUUUGCCUCUCUGCCCGACCCGGUCCUGGGCGCUCUGUUCUGCACGCUGUUUGGGAUGAUCACGGCGGUGGGACUCUCCAACCUGCAGUUUGUCGACCUCAACUCGUCCAGGAACCUCUUCGUCUUGGGCUUCUCCAUCUUCUUCGGUCUGAUGCUGCCCAGCUACCUGAAACAGAACCCACUGGUCACCGGCAUAGUUGAAGUCGACCAAGUGCUCAACGUGCUGCUCACCACUGCUAUGUUUGUUGGAGGUUGUGUUGCCUUUAUUUUGGACAAUACUAUACCUGGUUCCCUGGAGGAACGUGGCAUCAGGAAGCUGAAACGAGGAACCGGCCUCAGCGUCUCCGAACUCGAAGGCAUGCAAUCCUACGACCUGCCGUUUGGAAUGGCCUUCUUCCGCAGACACGCCAUCUUCAAGUACAUCCCCAUCAGCCCUGUGUUCACCGGCUACUGCUGGGGGCGGCUUCAGGAGGGCGGCAGGUGCCGGAUGGGACAUGGGGACGUGGGGAAGCGGGGCGGGGCCGGCGCCGAGGGUGGCAACGCGCCGGGGGAAAGUCGGGUAUAGCCCUCAUCCUGGGAGGGAUCUUAGCUUUUUAGGGAGCGAGGGAUGGUACACUAAGGUGAAAUGAUGGGAGCACAGACAGAAGCUGAGCAGGAUUGUGUGGAAGGAAAAAAACGUUGCACCAACUUCCCCAUCGGUAUCCGUUUUUCUUCGACUUGUCUGUCUGUGUCUGUCCCCACUUCCCUCUAUGCUAUUUUCAAGCAUGCUGUAGCAAGUCACAGCAUGCGUUAAAAAGAUGUCACCAUGCAGAGGUCAGUCAGUCUGUGUGUGUGUGUGUGUGGAAGGAUAAAACAAGCUUCUUUCCAGAAAGAGACUAAUGAACAUCAAAUCAGAGCCUGCGUCUCCUAACUGCUGCUAAUUUACUCUCCCUGAAUCUCCUCAUAAGAGACCUUCUACUAAAAGCACAGCAGGGUGGAUAAUGUUGCCUCUAAACUUUGUUAUGCAACCACAUUAGUCACACACUCUCUCACACACACACAGACGGCCUCGGUAGAAGUAGUUUGAGCGCUACGAUGCACGAUGUGGGGUCAUGCAGACUGAUAGAAGUAGUUUGUCAGGUGCCCUUAGCCAUGCAAAGUGAUUGUGAGAAUUAUUUUUAUUUUUUUGCACUAUCUGCCUCCUGAUUUUAAUACUAGAAUGUCAUUUUAAAGCCGAGUCGUUUUCUUCAUUCAUUUAGCAUCGCAUCGCAGACCCUAUUUUUUCUUUAGAUAUAUUGAGGAUAAAUCCCAAACAUUUAGGCAAAAUUAUCACUGUUAGUCCCAGGUUACAUCUCCUUACCAUGUCAGUAUUAUGCCGGAGAAACUGACAGUCAGACCGACUUUAUGGAGUUGAAUUAGAGACUCUGAACAGUUUGGUUACAUUUACUUGUUUUACGGGUCAACCUGACAUUUUCAAAAGCUCUGACGACGCACACGGCAGCAGACGCGUGGCCUUGUGGUGCAGUCUUCAUGUAGCGUAUUCAGUAGCGGGUUAACUGAAUGCUCCACAGGCGCCACACAUUCCUGAUCCAAGGUCUGGGUUUGGUCACUUAUUCCUGUUUUUUUUUCUUUUUUUUAGUAGCAAGGUGCUGCUGUUUAAGUUUACUUCCCUAAAUCGAACCCUGACUUCCUGUUUGUCUCAUUAUUAUGGUGCCGCCUAGGAGAGAUGGGGGAGGGGUGAUUUUUAAAAUAUUUUUUUAUUUUGCAUUACCUCGCAAAAGUAUUGUAUUCCUUCGCAAUAGAUUACAGUCACAGUGAUAACAAAUAUCAAUUUAAAAUUACACACGUACUCUUAAAGAGUCUCAGUGAAAACGUGUUUAUAUAUUUUUAACUCUUUGGUGCAGAAAAUUGUCUUAAAAUCAACCUACUAACUAUGUUAAUUUUAAUUUGCGUAAUAUCUUUCAGUGGAGAUAGACCUGCACAUGAAAACAACCUUUUAUUAACCAUUUUAAAAACACACAACCUAAACCUGUGUGAUGGCAAUAUAAAUUAUUUAAAAUAAUAGUUUGGAUGUGUCUUUAAUUUCUUCCAUUCAAAUUUCUCUUUAGGUUUUCUCAAUACGUAAGAUGUAAAACUUCAGAUAUCUCACAAAUGAGAUAUUGCAUAUGAAAGCCUUACAAAAAUAUUGUAGCAGAAAGACCUCGAUUAUUCAAACUACUGCAUGAACUGACUACUAAAUACAUUAUUGUGAGAGAAUACAAUAGUUCUGCAAGAAAAGUCCAAAUAAAAACAAUUUCUCCAUGUCUCUUUGGGGCUCCAUACAUAAAAAAUAUUAAAAUAUUGAUUCUUAAAUUUUUCAUGAUUUUUCACAUGAAAACCAGAAACUUUAAUGGGUUUUAUGUGAUGGAACAACAUAGAUUAGGGCUCAAUUCGGAGUUUGAUUUAUGUUUUCAAAAGGUUUUUAAGAAUAAAAACUUGAAAAGUGUGGCCUGUUUAAAUAUUCACCACCUCUGAUUCAACACUUUCAAAGCCACCAAUGGCAAUUGCAAGUUUUUUGCCAAUUCUGCUUCGCUGGAUGGCUAAAGGUCAGAUUGGAUGGAAAUGAUCAAUGAACUUCUCUCCACACUUUUCAGAUUUUUAUUAUUUGUAUUAAAUAAAUUGAAGUUUAAGUGAUGUGAACGGCUUUGUGCUGUUCAGAGAUUUCCCUCAGUUACAAAAUAUGAAUCCCAGCUGAGAGUUUAUCAAACCAAAAUUUAUAUUUUUGCAGAAAACCAAAACUUUAAAAGUUUUAGCAUUUGUUACUACUGAGAUCCUCCAGCGCUUCUUUCUCUUAUUAUGGCAGUUUUCUUAUUUAUUUAUUUUAGUCAUUUUUAUUGUCAGAUUUAUUUUGCUUCCAUUCCAUUCCAUUCCAUUUAUAGUUGCUUGUAUUUUAAGCCAGGAAAAUGAAACAUUCAGAAGUUUUUCAAUUUUAAGAGCCGGGGCCUUUUUAUUAUUUUUUAUUUUCGUUUCUUUUUUACUGCAAGUGCUUGCACAUAGAGUGGUGCCAACAACAUCGGGGUCCAAAUAGGCAACUCCCACUAACCUAGACUUUAAAAUGUCCUCCUUCAGUAGGUGUUAAAACAUUUUAUUAAAUGACCUGAAUGUCUUCAAAGGGCCUUUUUUUUAUUUAUUGAUGGUAGGAUCUGAUUCUAGAUUCUGUCCUGCAGUGACUUCACUGAUUUCACUUUUAAAAGUUGUUCUUCUAUUUUAUCCAGAAGUGAUUCGAUCUCUUAAAGACUUAAAUGCUAACAUAAAACAUCGAACAUCUGCACAGACUCUUACGUGUGUUCGAUUCUUGCUGGGAUGAGUUCUCCUACAGACGCUCAAAACAAAACGUUUUGAAACGCAGUUUUCGCAAUGUCGACAUUUGCAAAAUUGCAAUCAGAGGACUAACUUGAUGCAAUAUUUGGUGAUAUAUUUGAAAUUUUAAGCAAUAAAAUUCUGCUGAUAAUGCAUGUGUGGCUCAGGCUGAAGCAAUUAGAUUAAUCAUAAUGAAUUAAUUAUUGAAAUAAUUGUCAAAUAUUUCAGUACUCGGUAAUUAACUGACUCUAAAAAGGCCACUUUAAAAUAAUUGUAAAAAUUUUUCUUAAAGGACUUUUUUUUUUUUUUACCCAAAACUCCUCAAGUAACUUAUUUUCUUAUGUAAAAAAGAAAAUAAUGUAUAGCAUAAAAUAGACUUAAUUGGUUAAUGAAAAAUAUGCUGAAUGUGUCAAUAAAAUAUCUGGUUAAUUGAUUAAUGGUCAGAACAAUGAUCUUGGAAAUAACGUUGAGUGCAUUCAUAAUAGUUUGGAAAGAAUAAGUCAACUGUAAUGUUCACUUGGGCUACGUUCACACUGCAGCCUGAAGUGACUCAAAUGUGAUUUUUAUCUUUGCGAAAUUAGAAUUUUUUACUUAUUUAUAUAUUUUGGCAUGGUCGUUCACUCUUCCAAAUAUAUGCGACCUGUACGUUUUCUUCAAUGUGAGCUGAAAACGACCUGAAAGUGUCCCGCAUGCGCAGUACAGGGCUCAUUAACGUCACACAGAGAGCAUGCUCAUUGUUUUGCUAACCGCCAUAAAGAAGAAGCAGCUGCUCAUUGUUUGUGGAAGGUAACAUGGAGGCUAACGGUGUAGUGUAUCUUGCGAUUUUGAAGUUAUUGUACGAUUGGAGCAGCGUAUUAACAACUUAAUGAUUGUUGUUUUUCUUCCCUCUUGUGCGUAUCAGGACGCAGAAUGGUGACGUUUGUCGAGUAUCAAUGACGUUCAGGUCGGAUGAACGCGACUUUACCGUGCAGAUUCAGGUCACAUUUGAAAACAUCAGAUACGUAUCGGAUAUCCAAGUGACCUGUGUUGUUUGGACCGUCAUGAAAAGAUAAGAUACAGGUCGCAUUAAGGCCAACAUUUCACUUUGAACUGCAGAGUCAACGUAGUCUCAUUUAUCUGACGAUGUGGCGCCAUGUUUGAACUAAACAUUAGGUUAGAUGGGAUCUGAUUAUCAUCCUGGAUAAGUUGUAAGAAACAAGCGAAAAGCUGACCAUCAUCUCCGUUUAGAGAAUUUUAAAACAAGCAAGCACUUGGUGACGACCAGUUUGUUAUUCACCCACCAGCUGGUGGUGAGAAAGUAGAGAUCAGAGCAGAGAUGGAUUUGGUGUUUUACGUCUCCUUUUCGCAGUGAGUUCCUCAUGACCUUCACACCGUCUUUCACUGUUUCCCAAAAUGCACCUUGCACAUCUCCCGUCAUGUUGUCCCUCAUUGUCUCCGUGUCCCUCGCCAGUCCCACAGUCCUGCAGUGAAACUGAAUUCAGUCCCGUCGUGUUUGGUGUACCUGGCUUUCUCUCCCGGGGAUCCUCACUGUUCAUGUUUCUGGCUGCAGGAGGAGACACCUGCUGGUCACCUUGGUAAGAGCCGGCUGCUCAUCAGCAGCUGAGUGAACCUGCCUUAUCUCUGACGGACGCCAUUAGUUAGUCUCUGUGCCUAAAAGCAGCUUCCUUUUUCACCUUUGGCUCCCAACUUUCAAGUUUUUAUCCUCGUUUCUGUCUGAUAUUCAGAGUCCGAUUACAUGUAGUUGUUACAGAAGCAGCCCAGUUAGAGUAAAAGCCGCUGGCGUUCUGGUUUAAACUCCACUCAAGUCAAAUGCUGGCUCUUAAAAAGGUCACCACAAGGUGACAGACAUUGAUCCCUUUCAGUUAUUUUGAAAGGGGCUCUGCCUGAAGAUUAUACUUCUGUGUAAAGUGUUUUAUCUUUUUCAAUGUUUGUUUUUUAUACAUCAUUUUUAUGUUUUUGCAAACAGGUAUUUGUAAAGAUGAAGAAAAAAAAUCCAAAAUUUUACUCUUAAAUCAUGCUGGAACACGCACCAUCUUGUACAUUUUAUUUAAAGCCUCAACACAUUGAAAGUUGUAAUCUGUGGUUUUGGUGAAAUCCUUUUUGUCUGUUUAGGAGCUUUUUCAUACUGUAUUUUUUCUACUCUUUGAACAUUGCUUUCUGCUCACCAGUAUAAAUCAAAGAACAAGCUGAGAAACUUUAGACGUAAAGACAAAACAGAAACAUGUAUAUUUAAUGUUUGCUGAACAGUCUGGAGGAGAGAUUGUGUAAACUAAUUGUAACAUUAAAAAUGAUUUAUUUGUUCCUAAAACUAUUUAAUAAGAUGUUGCAGGAUAAAUCA